AUGUCGAGCGUGGAAGAUGCUGAGCUGGAGAACCUACGUGCUCAGAGAGAGCAAUUGAGGAAACAGCGGGAAGAAUCUAAAUAUUCAACGCAAAAAACACCAAGUAUUGCAGGUACCCUUGAUUCUCAUCAUGUACAAUAUGAUACUCAUAUAUAUAAUACCAGCAAUGUAACCGAUGAAUAUGAAAGAACAAUUGAUGUCCAUAACGACGUAUAUGAAGAGAAUGAAGCAGACUUGCCAGUCGGAGGCGACACGAGCAGACCCCUAGUGGGUCAGUACGAAGCCCCAAAGGAGCUUCUCACUGAAUAUGCUGAUGUAAAUUAUGAUCCUAUGGCCGAGACGCAAUCGAAAAAGCAAAUACAGGAUCGAGAAUCGGAUUAUCAAAAGCGUCGGUUCCAAAGGAGAUUAGCUCCAACUAGGAAUGACGCUUUUCGUGAAGAUGGUAAGAUGGAUGGUGGAUGGUCAUAUACAGAUGCCAUGCGGGAGGUUGAGCUAGAGAAGGAAGAAGAUCGAGUAUACCGUGAAAUUAAUCAGAGGCGACGUGAGGGAACGUUACACGAAGACGCAAGUAAUAAUAUUCCAGAAGAAAAGAAGCGUACGGUUGAAACUGUUCCCACCGAGCCCGCUCCAAAACCUAAGAGGUCCAGAUGGGAUCAAGGUCCGCCCAAGGUAGCUGAACCGACCACGGCUCCCGCAAGGAGAUCUCGAUGGGACAAAGCUCCCACUGCUUCUCCAAUAUCGGAUUAUGUGACAGAAAACGGUGUACAGAAGCUUGAGUCUAUUUCUCAGGAACAGCAAAUUCCUAUUCAUCGUAGAAUUACGGAUGAAGAACUGAACUCUUUACUUCCUUCAGAAGGAUAUGUUAUUUUAGAACCUCCAGAAGGAUACGUUGAAUCUGUUCACCCUGAAACGAAUGAAAAGGAAACUCUAGUAGAUACAUAUCAUAUUCCUGAAGAACAACGAUUGCCUGAACAAAAAGAGUUGCCUGCUACCUUACCUACCGAAGUUCCCGGAGUUGGUGACUUGGCUUUCUUUAAACAAGAAGAUGUAAAAUAUUUCGGAAAAUUACUUCAAACAAGAGACGAAGCUGAUUUAUCGAUUGCCGAACUGCGAGAACGGAAAAUCCUUAGACUUUUAUUAAAAGUUAAAAAUGGUACUCCUCCUAUGAGGAAAAGUGCUUUACGUCAAUUAACUGAUCAGGCUCGUGACUUUGGCGCUGCUGCUUUGUUUAAUCAAAUUCUACCUCUGUUAAUGGAACGUACUUUAGAAGAUCAGGAACGUCAUUUGUUAGUGAAAGUAAUCGAUCGGAUUUUGUACAAACUCGACGAGUUGGUUCGUCCUUUCACACAUAAAAUUCUGGUAGUUAUUGAACCUCUUUUAAUUGAUGAAGAUUAUUAUGCUCGUGCUGAAGGCAGAGAAAUUAUUAGCAAUCUGGCAAAAGCUUCUGGAUUGGCUCAUAUGAUUGCCACUAUGCGACCGGAUAUAGACCAUGUCGAUGAAUAUGUGCGGAAUACGACUGCUAGAGCCUUUUCGGUUGUUGCUUCUGCACUUGGCGUUCCUGCACUUCUCCCUUUUUUGAAAGCAGUAUGCCGUAGUAAAAAAUCCUGGCAAGCGAGGCAUACCGGAGUUCGCAUUAUACAACAGAUAGCUUUGUUAAUGGGAUGCUCUGUUUUACCACAUUUAAAGAGUUUAGUUGAAUGUAUCGGCCAUGGCUUGGAAGACGAACAACAAAAAGUUAGGACUAUGACAGCCCUGGCUUUAUCCGCGCUAGCUGAAGCGGCUACUCCAUAUGGUAUUGAGGCUUUUGAUUCCAUUCUCAAACCAUUAUGGUCAGGCGUUCAACGCCAUCGUGGUAAAAGUCUUGCUGCUUUCUUAAAAGCAACCGGAUUUAUUAUUCCUUUAAUGGAACCUGAAUAUGCUAGUCACUUUACCAAAAGAAUAAUGAAGAUUGUCUUGAGAGAAUUUAGUUCUCCCGAUGAAGAGAUGAAAAAAAUUGUUCUGAAAGUUGUCUCUCAGUGUGCCUCCACAGACGGUGUUAGUCCAGAAUAUUUGAAAACAGAAGUUUUACCAGAAUUUUUCCAUUGUUUCUGGUCUCGGAGAAUGGCUUCUGAUCGUCGUAGCUACAAACAAGUUGUUGAGACAACGUUCGUUUUAGCUGGUCAGGUCGGUGUAUUACAAAUUGUAGACAGAAUUGUGAACAAUUUCAAAGACGAAUCUGAACCUUAUAGAAAAAUGACUGCUGAAACUGUUGGUAAGGUAAUUGGCUCUCUGGGUGUAUCCGAAGUUGAUGAACGAAUGGAAGAAUUGCUACUGGACGGUGUUCUCUUUGCAUUUCAAGAACAGUCUGUCGAAGAAAAUGUGAUCUUGAACUGUUUCAGUAUUGUCGUAAACUCGUUAGGAGUACGAUGUAAGCCUUACCUUCCUCAAAUUGUUUCUACCAUACUGUAUCGUUUGAAUAAUAAGUCUGCAAAUGUCAGAGAACAAGCUGCAGAUUUAGUGUCUAGAAUCGCAGUCGUGAUGAGAGCUUGUGGUGAAGAAGCUUUAAUGAUGAAGUUGGGUGUCGUCCUAUAUGAAUAUUUAGGUGAAGAAUACCCUGAGGUUUUGGGAUCAAUUUUAGGGUCUUUAAAGGCUAUCGUUUCCGUUGUUGGUAUGUCCUCAAUGCAACCUCCGAUUAAAGACUUGUUGCCUCGCCUCACACCUAUUCUGAGAAACAGACAUGAAAAGGUUCAAGAAAAUACCAUUGAUCUUGUCGGAAGAAUUGCUGACAGGGGCUCUGAGUUCGUUUCUGCUCGCGAAUGGAUGCGUAUUUGCUUCGAGUUGAUUGAUAUGUUGAAAGCUCAUAGGAAAAGUAUUCGAAGAGCAGCUAUUAACACCUUUGGUUAUAUUUCAAAAGCUAUUGGUCCGCAAGACGUUUUAGCUACAUUACUAAACAACUUGAAGGUUCAAGAGCGUCAAAAUCGAGUUUGUACUACGGUAGCUAUUGCAAUCGUAGCUGAAACUUGUAUGCCGUUUACAGUCAUACCUGCACUAAUGGCAGAUUAUCGAACCCCAGAAAUGAACGUUCAGAACGGUGUUUUGAAGUCUUUAGCUUUCAUGUUUGAAUAUAUUGGUGAACAAGCACGCGAUUAUGUUUAUGCUAUUACUCCUCUUUUAGCAAACGCGUUAAUGGAUCGGGAUGCUGUUCAUAGACAAACGGCAGCUUCUGUGGUGAAGCAUUUGUCAUUAAGCUGCGUAGGUUUAGGAGUUGAAGAUGCAAUGGUUCAUUUACUAAAUCUUCUUUGGCCAAAUAUUUUGGAAGAGUCUCCUCAUGUCAUAAAUGCUGUACGAGAAGGUAUUGAUGGAAUUCGGAAUUGUGUUGGUGUAGGUGUCGUUCAGGCUUAUUUAAUGCAAGGACUCUUUCAUCCAAGUCGGAAAGUUCGCAAUACUUACUGGACCUCGUAUAAUUCUGCGUACGUCCAAAGUGCUGAUGCUAUGGUCCCUUACUAUCCACAUGUUGAAGAUGAUCAAUUCAACUCAUUCGAAUUUAAACCAUUGCAUAUUUGUAUUUAA